AUAAAAUCUUCUUCAAAUGUGAAGUGGACAAAAAGCAACUAGUUGAAAAGAGAGCCUAGUUCAAUAAAAAGUCACAGGUGACUAGAGAAGGAAGAAGACGACAAAAAACUAUUAAUCAAAUACACUCAUUUAAUCUCUCAAAUGUAAAGAUCUCGCACACCAGGAAGUCGAUGGCUUAAAUCGUCGGAGGAAAACUUCAAAUUCAUUAAUACUUGCUCGUAAUCUUAGAUUAAACCUGACUGGAAUAAGCAAACAAGCUAAAGAUCUGUAAAAAAAAGACCUUCAAAAUUAAUUACUCCUGUCAAUAUUCUUCGACUUUUGGGAGAGACAAGAUGGCACAGACUUUCUUUCAACAUUUGCGAAGUAACCAAACGACUCGUCAGACCAACUUAACCAGUGGAGAUUCCGAUUCAAGUUUGUCUACGCUUGCGGAGACGGUAUUUUUUUCUUGCUUUUAUCUUGUCAUUUCUCUGACAGCAAUGUUUGGUAACCUUUUGGUCAUGGUUGCUAUUUUUGUUCAAAGUAAUCUCCAAACGACCAGUAACUAUCUACUUGCUAAUCUAGCUCUCACAGACUUCCUGCAGGGAUUCGUAUCAGUUCCUUUACGAGUUGCCGAGACAUUAACUUGGAAGACAGACGUGAAACUCCUCUGUCAGAUAUCGAUUCCUCUGUCAAUUCUUUUUGGAAGCACGUCAAAUGUGAAUAUCUUGUUCAUAAGCGUCGAACGAUUCGUCGCGAUUUUUAUGCCUUAUUUCUACUAUGAAGCAGUGACACCAAACUUUAUCUUCGCGGUCAUUGGUACGAGUUGGAUAAUGAUAACGGUUCUAGCGCUCGCCCCCUCAGUAGGCCUUGGAGGGCUAAACCCAUCACCCCCUGUAACAAUUUGUCGUUUUACAACUUUACUUUCCAAAGAAUAUAUAACCACAUUGUACAUUAUAGUCCACUUUAUUCCUAUUACGACUGUUAUUCUUAUUUACGGGUUUAUCCUACGUGCAAGUGUUAACCAUAAUCGUCGCAUCCACGCCCAGGAGAGAUUUGUUGUCCAACCAAGAAACAAUGAAGAAGUCUCGAACACCAAGUCAACUGAGACUUUGGAAAAUACCCCUGAGGAUCGAAGAAACAGCAUUAAGCAGAUGAAAGCUGCAAGAAUCGUAUCGUUUGUCGUAGGAUUUUUCAUCGUACUUGUUGUGCCCAUUAUUGUUAUUGAUGUGGUGGAGAUGUUUGGUGGCCCGAAAGCACCGUCCGUGUUGGUGAAGAUAGCCGUUUGCAUGAUCUACACUAAUCAUUGUGUAAAUGUUUUUGUUUAUGCUGGAUGUAACCGCGAUUAUAGAAGGGCAUUUGGAAAGAUCUUUCGAAAAAUUAGAGAAUUCUUUAGCAAGUGUGAUAAACAGUAGCAUAGCAACACCUAGUUAGUACUCUAUGUACAACCUGUAUGUAGGUAAGCCUAUAGGCGUAUAGCGAUGAAAGUGCGCCAAUCACAAUCGAUUCGCAAACUUGGUGUCGUGAAUGAGGAAUGUUGCCAGUGGUUCUUUCCUAUGCUUCGAGGUAGUUUCUUUUAGUUCUCCAGUUUUUAUCCCUCCACAAAAAUCGACUUGUAAAUAACAAUAGAUUUUAGUGGAAGAAGAGCCAUCAAGGUGGCUCGAUACAAUAACUUUGGAGCACGACUCCUCUACUUGUAUUGUAAACUGCGCGGUACCAGAUAUACCUUGGCCAAAUAUGAGUUUAUACUAAGUGUAGGGAUAGAUGGAAGUUUUAAAUCGUGUGUAUUUCGUGACCAUCUCUGAGCAGCUCGUCAUUUAUAGUUUCGUUCAUUCGUUCGUUCGUUCGUUCGUUCGUUCGUUCGUUCGUUCGUUCGUUCG